AAAAAAAAACCCCAAAUAAAACAUCACCGUGGAUAGAGGGGAUAACCCCUCGCAUUUGUAGCACACCUCAUAGUUCAUACUCCCUCACAAAUUACCCAACAUUGAUUCGAGAUAGAUAUUCAACUGCCAUAAACAAUGUCAACAAUGUCAACAUUCCAACCUUUCACUUCCUCAUUCUACAAAACCAAUCACUUCAAACCUUUUACUUCCCCCAUAAACCAUUCUUUUGCACUUCACUUCCAGAAAAAUGCAAAUUUUACCCACAAUUUCCGGCAUUUUAGACUUACCCACAAUUCUAAAUUGAGAAGGGUAAAAUCAGCAGAGGAAGACGCAGAAAUCCCAGAAACUACUGCUGCUGUUGUGGAAGAAGAAGCUUCAACGGAGCCAGCUGAAACUGUUGCCAUCCCAGUUUCUCCUUCUGAUAAGCUGCUUAUGUUUUUCCAGGCAGAAGGAACAAUGAGUGAUUCAGGUAUUCCCAAGGUGACCCAAGCAUUAGAGGAAACAGAUGGAGUUUCUAAUCUGAAGGUUCAUAUAUCUGAGGGCAUCGCAAGUGUUGAGCUUACAAAGCAGACGACAAUUCAAGCAACUGGAGUCGCGUCUAGUCUGCUUGAAACUAUACAAGGAGCCGGCUUCAAGCUGCAAACAUUGAAUCUGAGUUUUGAAGAUGAAGAGUUGCUAGUGGGGGUAUAAUAAUUUGUUUGUUACCCUAAAGAAUCUCUAAUUUUUUUUUUCUCCCUGCUAUCUUUAGGCUUUGAUACUAUUGUAUGCCAAGGCAUUGUAAUUUAAGGUUGCAGUCUUGCAGAUUUGUAAUCAAAUUUUCGAAAGAAAAUAAAAUUUGUUGUAGCAAA